GGGAUGGGCAUUGCUGGAAUUGACUGAUGCAUUAUGGCGACAAUACUAGAGACAAUAGACCAUCCUGCAGACGCAACAGCAACGUGUAGAGUAUCAAGGAACUAAACUGUCUGCCAGCAGUACAGAAUAGUUUCGAUGUGAAGUUCAGGAAAGGCAUCAUGGCAGUAAGGGCUUUUUUUGGUAAAGAUGCACGCGGGAAGAUCAUUUCUAGUGUCUGUCACGUGAAUCGUGUCAUCUUCGAUGUCACGCAAGCAGUCGGUAAAGAGGAACCUUUUUGGAUGUGGCCAACAGUUGAUACUGGAGAAGGAAAAGUUGAUCCGUUGCUUGACGCAAGGAUAGUUGAAUUUCUUCGUAAGCAGGACAUGGAGCACUGUUUUGUUGCACCAUGGUCAUUUGGUCACGAGAGUGACAUGGAGGACAAGCUUGAAUGUCCGUGCAGUUUCGCUAUAAAUUCCAGGGAACAGUUUAUUGUAGCAGACGGUGGGGAUCGUAACGUAAACGUGUUCGACAGGAGAGGAAAGGCUAUGGAUCAUUUCAAUCUCCCUGAUGAUGUCGACCAAGAUGUAGAGCGACGUGAAUUGCAUGAUGUAGCCUCCGACGCGAACGACAACUUCUAUGUACUGGUCGAAAUGCAUGAGACUGGAAGUGAAGAAUCCGAGAUUUUUGUCUACAAGUUGAACUGUAACACGGAACUGCUUCACAAGCUUUCUGUAAAUGUUAACCAUACUUUAUAUUCUCUCGCUUCAUUCCGUGGCCGCUAUGGCGUGACAGUCGAUGGUAAGGGCAGCGUUUUGUGCAGAAUCGUUAAUGUGAUUAAUGUGUACGAGAAUGAUGGACGAUUUGUUCGCAGUUUUUGGAGAAAGACUAUGAGAGCACGCAUUGGAUCUGACAUGUGCUAGUGAUGGUCGUGUCAUGGUGUUGGACUUAAAUGGCGUUCACAUAUUCAGUGAAUUCGGCGACCAUAUUUCUGUUUUCAAAAUCGAAGGUUGUUGUUGUUCUCUUAGUAGAAUUGCAUUUCACAAUUCAAGUGGACAUGUCGUCGUCGCUGAUGUAACAAAUGAUGGUCUGUGUGUUAAAAUGUACACCAAAGAUGGCGAGUAUUUACGCAGCACUCAAAUCCACACAGGGAGAAUAAGUUUUUUCUUGCCAGGAGUGGCAGUGACUACAGACGGGCACAUUGCUGUAGUUUGUUACCAGUUUGAAUACCACCGAUGGAACGUGUUCAUUGUGUGAAAAACGUGAUUGAGCUUCAAGACAAGUUUGUCUUCAUGAAGAACAAUAGCAACAACAAAGCUUUAUUCUAAGAGUUAAAAAUGCGACACAGUCAGGUAAAAAGAAAAGAGAUAUUUUACAUGUUUCGGUCAAGAAUACAAAAC